GACAAAUAAUAUGAAUACUGUUCGAUCACGAAAACAUGGAAGAAAAGUCAAACAAAGCAAGGUGGUCCAACGGGAGGAAUAUACCUCAUCAAUGAGUGACGGUGACAAUCAGGUCAAGUCAGACUUUUCGGAGACUGAUGAGAAGUUUCCAAGGUGGCAGAGCACCAACAGCUCAGAUGAUAUCCCACCCAAUUCACGUACAACUCAACAAAGGAGAGGGAAUAGCCGCAGGCCUUCUGAUAUAAAUACAGUUUCAGCCACUGGGGAUACCCAUUACCCCAACGAGGAAAGACAGGACUCAUCAGAAGAUACAAAGGAGUCAGAGGAGAAUGAGGAGGAAGAUGAUGAGGAAAAGCAGAGGAGAAGGGAUGAAGAUGAUUAUGAUGAUGAGGGGGGAAAGGGGAAUAAAGAUAGAGGUGGGGGGAGGUAUGACGGAAACAACAGCGAAAGGAAGGAGGAAAAGGAGCUGCGGAAUGGGCAAAAUUACAGAGAUAAUCGAAUGGACCAAAAUAGGGGGGGGAAUAAGGUAACUGGUGGAAAACAGCACAAGUCAGAAGAAACUCUGUUAGAGGAGACAUUUAAGGAAACAACAGGUGACGAGGAAGAGGAGGAGGAGGAGGAAGAGGAGGAGGAAGAGGAGGAGGAGGAAGAAGAAGAGGAGGAGGAAGAGGAGAAAAAGGCGGAAGAGGAGAAUGAGGUGGUGAAGUGGGAUUAUGGGGAAGAACAAAAGGAGGACAACUGGGAGGAGGAGAGGUGGGACGAUGAGGAAGAAGAGAAGGAAGAGGAGGAGGUUUGUGAGGAGCAGGAGGAUAGUGUGGGUGAGGACACAAAUGAGGAGGAGAGGGGAGAGGAAGAGGUGAAGCAGGUGGAAGAGGAACAAGGAGAAAAUGAGGUAGAAGAUACAAAGGAUAAUGUAGAGGUAGAGGAGACAGUGAAGGAAGAUAUAGAGGAGAGUAAAUUCUUAGAGAGGGAAGUGGAAAAGUGGGAAGUGGCAGAAGAGAGGCAAGAGGUAGAGAAGAGGCAAAAUGUAGAGGAGAGGCAAGAGGUAGAGAAGAGGCAAAAUGUAGAGGAGAGGCAAGAGGUAGAGAAGAGGCAAAAUGUAGAGGAGAGGCAAGAGGUAGAGAAGAGGCAAAAUGUAGAGGAGAGGCAAGAGGUAGAGGAGAUGAAAACAGUGGAUAAGAGAGAAGUGGUGGUGAAGAGGCAGGAGGAAGGGUUAGGAGAUAAGCUGCUGGAGGAGAACAAUGAUGAGGAGCUGGUGAUUGUUGAGGUAAAACAGCAAAAGAGGAAGGAGAAAGGAGAUCAGAAAGACAUUAGGACAUACAGAAAAUGCACUUUGUCCAGCAUUCUGAACGAUCCUAAGAUGCUAACAACACGUGAACCAAAACGAUGCUCACGGCCUAAAAAUCGACGUAAAUACAACUUCACCCCAGUUACUAAGAACCUGCAUAUGGGCAAGCCAGCCCACAGUGGCGUGCACCACAGGUAUCAUAAAGGGCCAAACAUGCCAUUAAAAGAGGAAACCCUUUACUGUCGCAAUCGGAAGCGUUCUGUGGAAAUGGAAGAAGACAUCUACCUGAGCGACGAACAGACGAGCCCACCGGAUGCCGCCAGCGAUAGCUCAGAUUUAGAUUCAAAACAUAAUGAAACCUCAGUGUGGACUUAAAGCAACAGUAACGGACAAUUGAACCCUUAUUUUUUUUGUGUCUCUUUUGUCCUGGCUCUCUGUUGAGUUGUGUCAGCGGUAAAUAUGCAAAUAUCUUUCUUUAUUGACCCAGUUGGCUCCAUUGCUUUUCUGGGAUGUGUAAAGGCACUUGAGGGCCUUUAAUUGUAUAUAAGUAUAUUAUGACUUCAUUCAUGAACUUCUUGGUUUGUUUACAUGCAACGUCCUGGUUUGUUUGAGAGCAGGAUAAUGCAAAAAACUACCAAAUUAAUUUCAAUGAAACUGUGGAGAGGUAUGACGUGGACCAAGGAAUCAAUCAUGAAAUCACUAUGCAAUGCGCAUUAUUACCAUCUUCAGCACUGGAGUGGAAGACUCCAGAGGAGUAACACUACCAGUUGGAAUUGGUAGAUUGUGACAAAUGCAAUCUUUUGCAUUCACAAGCGAGCCUUUCGGCUAUUCAAAUGCUGCUGUGAAAACGGGUUCAUCUUGUGCCGUUGGUUAUUUAAAAAAUGUUUUAAUUACGUGAGUAAAUAUUUUUAAAACCCUUGCAGCCCAUAAAUGUAACCAAUCAAAUUGAAAAACAAUAAGUACAGUGAUCUCAUGUUUAUUGUCGUGGAUAUGUUCAAACCCAUCUGUGAUAGACAUAACGUAAUUUUCUUAAAAAAAAAAAAAGCAUUCCUUGGUUCCUGUUCCUCCCUUGCUCUGAAAAAACGAGAGAUAUAAGGUCGCUUUGAGAAAACAGACUCGCUUGCACAGAGGCCAAUCAUGCAUGCUUCAAGCUGUUUGUCACACCCAGUUGAAGUUCACUGUAAAAUAAUUGAACGUUUUAUACACCAAAAUGUUCAACCAAACUUUUGUAAUUCUAAAAAAGGUCCACUAGAUUAAAAUGUUAGAUAGUUGUUUAUUCAUUUGAUUGGUUACAUAUGGUUGCAUAAUGCAAAAUACUGAUGCAGCCUACACUACAGAAAAACUGUGUUUGUGUUAAGGUCGAUUAUUAUUUUAAAAGAAAUUACUGAAGCUUUUGCACAUUUGUUUUAUAUGUAUUUUUUAAACCAUAUUUCCACCCUAUGUCAGUUGAG